CUCUCGCCGGCGUUUUCGGAUUCUCAAUUUGCAAACCCUAGCAUGUUUCCGCCUUUCUCCGGAGGAUCGUAAACCCUAUAGUUCGUCGCCGGUUCCUCUCGCGAUUUUUCAUGCCGAGGCACUACAGACCACCGUUUGCAGAAGAAUGGAAACUCAGAGAAAAUGACCAGCCACGUGGCAGAUUCGGAGCUAAUAAGAGCUACAAACGCGCACAGGCCUUCUUCUUCAAGCUCCGGACCCAUAGCCUCAAUUAUGAGGAGCCGAAGCCAUGAACGAGAACAAAGCUUGGAUUGAUUAGUUCUUCACGAAACGCGGAGCUCUUUAAUUGGAAGCCGAUUAGCUCAAUCUCUUUGGUUUUAUAAAAGACAUCCAAAUCCAUACGGUUUCAGUAUCGAUCAAACCUGGAGAAGAAGAGAGGAAAAGUCGAUCCAAAAGGGAUGCCUUUGAACGUAGUUCAUGAUGGCGAUGGAUCGUCCCGUAUCAUUUUGACGGAGCCAAGCGGAUCUACUGCGGAGGUGCUUCUCCAUGGAGGACAGGUUGUUUCUUGGAAGAAUGAAAGAAGAGAGCAACUGCUUUAUAUGAGCAGCAAGGCGGCUCAAUGGAAGCCGCCUAAGGCAAUCAGGGGAGGAAUACCUAUCUGCUUUCCACAGUUUGGAAAUCUUGGUGCACUUGAGCAACAUGGAUUUGCUCGGAACAGAGUCUGGUCAUUCGACAAUGAUCCUUCUCCUCUGCCACCUUCUAACCAACAAUCAACUGUAGAUUUAAUAUUGAGGUCUACAGAAGAUGAUCUUAAGAUAUGGCCUCACAGCUUUGAACUUCGUCUUCGCAUUUCUAUCAGUCCUGGGAAACUUACUUUGAUCCCUCGCGUGAGGAACACAGACUCCAAGGCUUUUUCCUUUAUGUUUGCUCUCCGUAACUACUUAUAUGUAUCCGACAUAAGUGAAGUUCGUGUUGAAGGGUUGGAGACACUUGAUUACCUGGACAAUUUGUUGCGUAGAGAACGAUUCACAGAGCAGGCAGACGCAAUUACAUUUGACGGUGAGGUAGAUAGAGUGUAUCUGAACACACCAACAAAGAUUGCCAUUAUAGACCACGAGAGAAAGAGAACCAUCGAGUUGCGGAAGGAAGGCAUGCCCAAUGCAGCUGUGUGGAACCCAUGGGACAAAAAGGCAAAGACUAUUGUGGAUAUGGGGGAUGAGGAUUACAAGACAAUGCUUUGCGUAGAUUCUGCUGCUAUUGAUACACCGAUAAUCCUGAAGCCCUUUGAAGAGUGGAAAGGCCGUCAGGAACUCUCAAUCGUGUCAUCGAGCUACUGCAGCGGCCAGCUUGAUCCACGUAAGGUUCUUUAUGGGUAUCACUGAUCUCUUAAGAUCAAGAAAUAAGCCUGGCCGUGCAUCCUCUAUAAUAGCUAUCUAUGUAUAAUCAGAUUAUACUCUUUAGUUGUCCACGCCAUAAAACAAACACCAAACAGGGUCCCAUAUGAUUGCCUGGAGCUAUCACUGAGGGGCAACCAGAGUAGUUUUUGGUACGUUGCCACUGUGUGAGACAGCUGGCAAUGUGUUGUUUAUUUUGAUCCAUGGACAUGUUACAUGAUACAUGAAAAAUGGAACUGGAAAGGAAACUGUUGUUCCUCGAUCA